AUGGACGCUGGCGUCAGGCAGGGGCCGGCCAAGGCCGUGGGCCGAGCCGCCGCCACAGGGGCCGCAGAUAAAGAGACAGAUAAAAGCGCCGGCUGGACCCGCGGCUACCGCAGUGUUUCCUACGAGCAGAGCCUGCUGAAGAACAUCGGGUCAACCUGGAGGAGGAAGAACGUGGAGGAAGGCUAUUGUGCUUUGCACAGAGAGUUCAUUGCCGUGCAAGCCAAGAUCAUACAUCAGAAACGUGAGCCUGCUAAUGUAACCUUGUGCUCUCUCUCUUUUUCUUGCAGUAGUAUUUUACCUUUGAGUAACUGUCCCCAGCUGCAGUGCUGCAGGCACAUUGUUCCCGGGCCUCUGUGGUGCUCCGAUGCCCCUCACCCACUGUCGAAGAUCCCCGGUGGGCGAGGGGGUAGCAGGGAUCCUUCUCUUUCAGCUCUGAUAUAUAAGGACGAGAAGAUCACUGUUAACCAAGAUGUCCCAGUGCACGAAGGGAAGCCUCAUAUUGUCCACUUCCAGUACAAGGUCACGGAGGUGAAGACCUCCUCCUGGGAUGCGGUGCUCUCUAAUCAGAGCCUCUUUGUGGAAAUCCCGGAUGGAUUAUUAGCCGAUGGAAGCAAAGAAGGGCUAUCAGCACUGCUGGAAUUUGCUGAAGAAAAAAUGAAAGUAAACUACGUCUUUAUUUGCUUCAGAAAAAGCAGAGAAGACAGAGCUCCGCUCCUGAAGACAUUCAGCUUCUUGGGCUUUGAAAUCGUGAGGCCUGGACACCCUUCUGUCCCGUCGCGACCAGACGUGAUGUUCAUGGUGUACCCCCUGGAUCAGAACUCUUCCUCUGAUGAAGAAUAGCUGCCGCGGGGGACUUCAGGUGGAGCUGGAGAUGCUUUGGAGGGCAGAGAGGGUUACCUCCCCUUCCCUGAGGAAGGGGAAAGCAAGCUUCUGUCGGACUGAAACUGCAUUUCUCAUUGUUAGAUUGGCCUGUGUAUCCUCCGAGUUGACUAUCUCAUUGAAAUGUGUUGCCUAGAGAACUAUAUAUACACACAUGUAAUCACCAAAUAGUAAACGGAAGAUGUUUAUGAACUGGCAUAGGAGCUCUUUCCGUGCAGCGUGUGGUGUGGUAGCCUAGGGGCGCGGGGCAGCGCCGGGAAGCGCAGCGGUAGGCGCAGCAUCAACUCCUUGACUUCUCUACAUCAGUGUUGGCUCUUCCCUCAUCACCUGGCGUGUGGUGUGCGCUCAUCUGACCGACUACCUUUUUC